GCUAUGUACCGCAUCGGUUUGAAUGUACAUAGGUACAUUAUUUCCAUCCAUGAUGUGUACCAUAAGGCAGAUAAACUUUUAUCUUGUACUUUUUAUUCGUGACUGACCGUAUAAAAAUGGAUUGCUUUGUGGUGUCCAGAUGUAAGCUGCGCAUGUUCUUGUCACCUGUGGUCAACCACACAAGGAUGGAGCUGAAGGCAGCCUGUGUGCGCUAACGUACUAAGGAGGGAACCUAGAGUCAAGUGGACUUCAUAAACUGGGGAUGUGAGGGACGGGCGUGAGAACUGGGACAUUUUCAUACAUAUAUAUUUAGUGAGAAAGAGAAAGAAAGAUUAUAAACUGGUACUGAAAGUAAUCUCCAUCUCUUUUCUUUUCCUUUCCCUGAGGCCCCCUUCCUUUUUUCGUGUGUCCAUGUAGGUAAAUAUGUUUUGUCUAUUAGCUUAGUACGAAAACAAAGAAUAGCAUGUUUAAUGAAAUCUGUAUACACUAUCUUCACUAGAUCAGCUCCAAAAACAAAGAUAUGAAGAAGCGAAAGAAGACUGAAUAACUGCGCUUUGAGAAGAGAACUAAUCGAGAGAUAAUUGAAGGGCACGAAGAAAGUACAGUAGUGACGCAUGACUUCAAUGGCGUGAGAUGUUUAAGGCUUGUAGAUGAGUCUCCAAUGACUGCGGCAUGUAGUCAGUCCUGCUCACAGCUCAGAGGUCUACCCGACGUACCCGUAUUGCUUGAGCAAGUUUCGUCCUUCGUCCUUGCCAGUACUAAAGGGAGGUAAAUGUCAGUCGCGCCUGUACAGACAGAGUGACGUUCCCUAGCUGUGGACAUGGCUCCGGUGGCUGUUGUGACGGGGGCGAAUGCUGGUAUAGGAUUGGCUGUAUGUGAGCAACUGCUUGGUAUUCAGCCAACACUGACUCUUUGCUUAGCCUGUCGAAAUGAAGAGCGUGCUAAGCAAGCAAAGGUGCAUCUCCUGUCUCUGUAUCCUGCUGCAGUCAUUGACAUUGUCAUUCUUGACACCUCCAGCAUCAACUCAGUUCUUGAAGCUGCAAAAUCCCUUAGAGAAAAGUAUGGACACAUUAAUUACUUGUAUCUCAAUGCUGGUAUAAUGGAGACUGGUGGUGUGCAUUGGAACAAAAUUUUUUCUGAAAUAUUCAGCAAACGGUGUGCAUAUGCAUUGACGACUGGAGAAGGUCUCAUUGUACAGAAGAACAGCUUGACGAAGGAUGGCCUGAUGAAAGUGUUUGCCACUAAUGUCUUUGGACACUAUGUCUUGCUGAAAGAGCUGGAGACAUGCCUAGGCUUUGAAUCAAAGACUAAUCAAGGGCUAGCCUCCCAGGUUAUAUGGACAUCAUCUAGUAAUGCACAAGAGCAAAAUUUUUCCCUGGAAGAUAUACAACACGAAAAGGGCGAUGAGCCAUACAGCUCUUCAAAGUAUGCCACAGACAUGCUGAGCUUUGCUCUCAACCAGACUCUGAACAAAAAGGGAAUCUACUCUCACAGCACUUGCCCAGGAUUGGUUGUUACUAACAUGACCACUGGCAUUCUCCCUGCUUGGUUUUGGUUCCUCAUUCUGCCGUUUAUUUUGUUGAUGAGGCUUUUUAUUCCGAGCAUGACUAACUCCCCAGCAAAAGGAGCAAAAGCAUUGGUUUGGCUUUCUCAGCAGAGACCAGAAACACUGGACCCAGCGACAAAAUAUCUGUCACAGUGCACCAUCACUGGUAAACCAUACGUUGCUACUGAAAAGUUGAAGGUGAAAAUGGAUGACUCCCUGAACCUGCUGAAUCAACUGGAAGAGCUGAGGCAGGUGUCUCUCAAUCGCCACGUUGACAGUAGAUAGCAUAAUAUAUUUCCCAGGUUUAUACUUCUUAGGAUAUGUCGUUAUUGCUCCAUCUGUGUUGUAAUACUUUUUUCCCUAGCUGUUUAUUGCCUGAAAAUGAUUAAAUUGAUUGCAUUCUGCUUAUUGGUAUUUUUUUUACACAUUUUAUAUGGCAUAAACAUUCUAAGAAUAUUUGAUACGGGUCAAUUUUUCAUUAAAAUAUUGAACAUAAAA